GAAAUAUACUUAUGUAGUAACUACAUCGUAUUUUAUAACUAACAAUUUUUUUUUAUAUUUAAAUCUGGCACAGAUACGAUAAACAAGAAGUACGUACUAUGAGAGAACUUCCUCGGAUAACCAGAGCUCUCAGAGCCCAUACGCAGCUGGAUAAGCCAAGAUGUCUGAAGCCACCUGCCGAUUCACAGUAUAUCCACACCAUAACCAGAAAUGUUCAAAGAUUCAAAUCCUUCUCCGAUAUUUAUGAUUACAUAAAACAUAAUGAGUUAGUACCAGAGGAAACUCUAGAUCUUCUCAAAAGGCUAAAAGAAGCAUGUAAACAGUUGACUGGAGAUGCCAGUGACGAAAUUAUAGAAGAUGCAGCUGUUAUGACACUGAGAAUAUUCCUAGACCAGGAUAUGGUUAUGUUGAAACAUCUUUCCCAACUCAGACAGACCUUUGGGAGUAUUCAGUCAUCUACAGCAAAUAAGAUUUGCGAGAUUGUUACACAAAUAUCUUCUAACCUUGAUGAAGACACCAAGGAAUACAUAAGAAAGGAAAAUAAAGAGGAAGAGAAAUAUCUAAAGCUAUGGGGCGAACAUAUUCAAUGCAACUACAUUCCCUAUAAACCAGUUAAGAAGAAUCUACCAAAAUUAACAAAUAAACCAGCCACUGACAGUUCAUUUGUUAAGGAUUUCUCUAUGAAAUAUGCAGUGGAUAAUAGAAAUAAUAAUGUUGUACCGGCCGCACCCCGAAAUGAACCCAAAUUUGGAAAAGCCUGGCUAGAAGCAAAAGUUGGUGAAUUAUAUGAAAACUCUGCUGGUAUGUCCAGUGCGGACAUCUUACAGUCCAUUAUAACAUUCCUCAACUCACCGAGAACUAAUGACGAAAUGCAGAAUGAUCUGUUUGAGUUAUUGGGUUUUGAUAAGUUUGAGUUUAUUCAAGAAGUACUAGAACACAGACAGGAUAUAACUGAUAGCUUGAGAGCUCCACCGCAACAGCCUAGCAUUGCUGAAAUCGCCGCGCUUCUUCCCGAAAACAAAAUGCCGCAAUAUUUAUGUCAAGUAUCAGUGCAGUCAGAGCAAGAGAAACUGUUGGCAAAAUUAGUUAGGAAAGAAGAGAAGAAAGCUAGAAGUGCUAAAAAAGUUGAAGAUGAUGAUGAAGAACAGGAAAUUAAUGUUGCUCACUUGAGAGCUAAGAGAUUAGCAGAGCUGACCAAACCAGUUGUACCAUUUUCUACAUCAAGGUCUGCAAAUAACAUAGAUCCAGUGCUGCAGAAAAUAUCGUAUUUUCAAACUAAAGUUCAAUAUCCUAAUGUAUAUGAUUCCUCUAUAAAUGCCAAGAAUUCAGCUGGUUUCGUGUCGGGAAUGAAAUUGAUCCUUCCCGAAAACGCAGUACGUAAAGAUUACAAAGAGUACGAGGAGGUCAUAAUUCCGAAAAAUGAACCUGCGCCUUUGGAAAUUGGUAACAAACGUGUUCCCAUAUCUGCUAUGGAUGAAAUCGGUCAAAUGGCAUUCGAGAAUAUAAAAGAACUAAACAGAAUACAAUCAGUGGUAUUCAAUACAGCAUAUAAUACAAAUGAGAACUUGUUAAUUUGCGCUCCGACCGGCGCGGGCAAAACUAACAUCGCUCUACUCACUGUGGUACAUCAAAUAAAACAACAUAUUGAGAAUAAUGUUAUUAUGAAGAACAAGUUUAAGAUAAUUUACAUAGCGCCCAUGAAAGCUCUAGCGUCAGAAAUGACAGCAAGUUUUGGCAAACGGUUGCAAGGGCUCGGUAUAUCCGUACGAGAAUUGACUGGUGAUAUGAAACUGACCAAAACUGAGGUACAACAGACGCAAAUGAUUGUUACUACGCCGGAGAAGUGGGAUGUUGUUACUAGGAAGGGAGCGACGGACACAGAACUAGCGUCCAUAGUGAAGUUACUAAUCAUAGACGAAGUGCAUCUCUUGCACGGUGAUAGAGGGCCAAUAGUGGAAGCGAUUGUCGCUAGAACGUUACGACAAGUCGAGUCUACGCAGAAUAUGAUACGAAUUGUCGGUCUGUCCGCCACACUGCCUAAUUAUUUGGAUGUUGCUAGAUUCUUGCGAGUGAAUCCGAACAUUGGUCUAUUUUUCUUCGACUCCCGCUUCCGACCCGUACCAUUGGAACAGCAGUUUAUUGGAGUCAAAGAUAUUGGGAGCGGUGGAGGAUCUCAUUUAAGACAGAUACAACAAAUGAACGAAAUAUGCUACGACAAAGCGAUAGACAUGGUGCAAAAGGGCCACCAAGUGAUGGUGUUCGUUCACGCGCGUAACGCGACGCAUCAAACCGCUAUGGUGCUAAAGGAAUUGGCGCAGAAGAAGGGCCACUUGAAGUACUUUGAGCCGGAGGAUUCGGGUGGAUUCCUGAAAGCAAAAAAAUCAAUCGGCAGCAGUCCUAACAAGCAACUCGCAGAGUUAUUUGCGUGUGGGUUUGCGUGCCAUCACGCUGGCAUGUUGAGAAGUGAUAGGAAUAUGGUGGAGAAAUAUUUCUCCGAUGGGUAUAUAAAGGUCCUAGUAUGUACAUCUACUCUUGCUUGGGGAGUCAACUUGCCAGCUCAUGCCGUUGUUAUAAGAGGUACAGAAAUAUACGACCAAAGUCACGGUACAUUCGUGGACCUCAGUAUAUUGGACGUGUUACAAAUAUUCGGUAGAGCUGGUCGACCACAAUUCGACACUUCGGGAACGGGGAUUAUUAUCACAACGCACGAUAAAUUGACGCACUACUUGAAAUCUAUGACAAAUCAGUUCCCGAUUGAGAGCAACUUUAUUAACUUAUUGGCAGAUAAUUUGAAUGCUGAGGUUGCGCUAGGUACAGUAACAAAUAUCGACGAAGCUGUGGAAUGGCUCAGUUAUACCUAUCUGUUCGUGCGGAUGAGAAUUAACCCACAGGUGUACGGUUUAACGUACAGCGACGUACAAGAAGAUCCGAUGUUGGAAACGAAACGUCGAGAACUUAUAACAAGCGCGGCCAUGUUGUUGGAUAAAACGCACAUGUUGCGGUACAAUGAGCGAACCGGGGAUCUUAAUAUUACUGAUCUAGGAAGAACGGCGAGUCACUACUAUAUAACGUGCGAAACGAUGGAGGUGUUCAACUCUAUGGUUCGCAAGUCUAUGACACAGGGCUAUGUGCUAGAAAUGUUGACUAGGUGUUCUGACUUUCAACAGCUUAAAGUCCGCAAAGAAGAGUUAACAGAACUUUGGAGUUUAAAGGACCAAUAUUGUGAGUUACGUAUCGAAGACGCACCAGAGGACAUACAUUGGAAGAUCAAUAUUCUAUUGCAGACUUAUUUAUCUAGAGGGCGGGUUAACCAGUCUUCUUUACAGUCUGAUUUGAAUUAUAUUAGCCAGAACGCAGUGCGUAUAAUUCGCGCGCUUUUCGAAAUAACACUACGAAAGAACAACGCAUACAUGGCCGGCUUAUACUUAAAGAUGGCAAAAAUGUUAGAACUACAACAGUGGGACUUCUAUAGUGAUAUGAGGCAGUUUAAUUGUUUCCCCAUGGAAGUGUUGAGACAUAUUGAGUAUCCUAUGUUGAAACCUGAUCAAAUACGGGAUAUGGAUUGGAAGGAAGUUGGUGAUCUUCUCCGUAACCCCAAAGCAGCUCGACACUUAAAGAAAUGCGCUGAUGAAUUUCCACUGUUGGAAAUGGAAGCCAGCCUCCAUCCUAUAACACGAACGGUGCUGAGAAUACGACUCACCAUUACACCUAACUUUAAGUGGAACGAUAAAUACCAUGGUAAAGCGCCUGAAGCGUUUUGGAUAUGGGUUGAAGAUCCCGAGACAGAUAUUAUGUAUUAUCAUGAAUAUUUCCUUAUCACUAAAAAACAGGUGAUCACCAACGAACCUCAGGAAUUAGUAAUCACAAUACCAAUAUCAGAACCUCUACCGCCACAAUACUACAUUCGGGCUACUUCAGAACGAUGGUUAGGUUCGGAGAGUGUUUUGCCACUUACCUUCCAACAUUUAAUUCUACCAGAAACACAUCCACCGCACACAGAUCUCCUUGAACUACAACCUUUACCAGUCACAGCGCUCAACAACCCAUCUUACGAAAUGCUAUACAAUUUCACACACUUCAAUCCGAUACAAACGCAGAUUUUCCACUGUUUGUACCAUACGGAUAAUAAUGUUCUAUUGGGAGCACCUACUGGCUCGGGAAAGACGAUAGUCGCUGAAGUGGCCAUGUUUAGGGUGUUCAAUCAGUAUCCUGGAUGUAAAGUUGUAUACAUCGCUCCAUUGAAGGCGCUCGUCAAAGAACGAAUAAAGGAUUGGAAGGUUCGACUUCAAGAGCGCCUUGGGAAGAAUGUUGUUGAAUUAACAGGUGACGUAUCACCGGACAUUCGAGCUAUAAAGAAUUCCCAAGUGAUAGUAACAACUCCGGAGAAAUGGGACGGUAUAAGUCGUUCGUGGCAAACUAGAAACUACGUACAAGAUGUAGCUUUGAUCGUUAUUGAUGAGAUUCAUCUGCUGGGUGAAGAUAGAGGACCGGUGCUGGAAGUUAUCGUGUCGAGAACAAAUUUCAUUGAAUCGCACACGUCAAGACGUUUGCGUAUAAUUGGUCUAUCGACUGCUCUAGCUAACGCCAAGGAUCUUGCUAAUUGGCUAAAUAUAGGAGAAAUGGGACUUUAUAACUUUAGACCUUCUGUACGACCUGUACCUUUAGAGGUACACAUAUCGGGUCACCCAGGCAGGCACUAUUGCCCACGAAUGUUAUCCAUGAACAAGCCAACAUUCCAAGCGAUCCGCACGCAUUCACCCGCUGCGCCCGCACUAGUUUUCGUAUCCAGUAGAAGACAGACUAGGUUAACAGCACUAGAUCUAAUAGCAUACCUAGCAGCAGAGGAUAACCCAAAACAAUGGUUACACAUGCAGGAAAUGGAAAUGGAAUUAAUUCUAUCGAACAUUCGAGAAUCUAACCUCAAACUAACCCUUGCCUUCGGUAUUGGCAUACAUCACGCCGGUCUACACGAAAAAGAUCGAACCACUGUUGAGGAAUUGUUCAUUAAUCAGAAAAUACAGGUACUAAUUUGCACGGCAACACUCGCUUGGGGUGUGAACUUCCCCGCGCACCUUGUAGUCAUUAAAGGCACGGAAUAUUUCGACGGAAAGCAAAAGAGAUAUGUUGAUAUGCCCAUAACGGAUGUGCUGCAAAUGAUGGGCAGAGCUGGAAGACCUCAGUACGAUAACGAAGGAGUAGCCGUGGUACUGGUUCAUGAUCAAAAGAAAAACUUCUACAAGAAGUUCCUUUACGAACCUUUCCCGGUAGAGUCUAGUUUACUGCAAGUGUUGGCCGACCAUUUGAAUGCUGAGAUUGUAGCUGGUACUGUACAGUCAAAGCAAGAUAUCCUAGACUACCUGACUUGGACGUAUUUCUUCCGGCGAUUACUGAAGAACCCAACGUACUACAAUCUGGAGAGUUUAGAGCCUCAAGACAUUAACUAUUAUUUGUCUAAUUUAGUACAAACUUCGUUAGAUGCCUUGAUUAAUGCUAGCUGUGUUGAAAUCGAAGAGGAUGAAAGAACAGUACAUUGCACAUGGAUGGGUCGUAUUGCGUCAUAUUAUUAUCUCUCACACAAAACAAUGGCGCACUUCACGGCCAACCUUCACGGAGAUCUCGAUUUUGACGCGUUAUUACGCGUUUUGUCCGAUUGUGAGGAAUACGCUACAUUGCCUGUUAGGCAUAAUGAAGAUAUAUUGAAUGGAGAAUUAUCGCAACAAUGUCGUCUGCCAGUAGACUCAUUAUCGCUUGACUCGUCUAACGUGAAAGCGUUCUUAUUAUUACAAGCACAUUUAACAAGGUUGCAACUACCUAACACUGACUAUCUCACUGAUACUAAGUCGGUUUUGGACCAAACUAUAAGAAUUAUACAAGCAAUGAUAGACACAUCCGCUGAAAACGGUUGGCUGUCCGUCUGUCUGUGUUGCCAGAUGCUCAUGCAGUCCAUAGUACAGGCUCGAUGGCCGGCCGACUCACCCUUGACCACUUUACCUCACAUAGAACCUCAACACUUAUACAUGUUUGCCAGUAUGACGAAAGAUUUGAACAAACCUUGCAACACUUUGAACGGUUUGAAGAUCAUUUGUAUGAGGAAUUAUGAAGUACUGGCUAAGUACUUGAGACGGGAGUUCGAGGAGGGUCAGAUUGAACAGAUUUAUAAGGUGAUUACCGACCUUCCGACGCUCGACAUAAAGUUCAGUAUACGAGGCGUGUGGUUCGACAGUGACUGCGAACAAGAUAAGCGCAUACAGCAGCCGCAACGCAGGGAUCAAUGGACGCCACUACAUGCUGAUCAGGAAUAUACAAUACUACUAGAAAUGCAACGUCGCGGCGGCAACGCGAACAACGUGAUAUGUCCCAGAUUCCCGCGCUCAAAGAACGAAGGCUGGUUCAUAACCCUCGGUACCAUCGAGUAUGGGGAAUUGCAUGCGUUGAAACGGGGACCAGCUAGAGGGAAUACGCAGAUUACGUUUUAUACACCUUCCAGAACAGGACGGAUUAUAUAUACGAUCUACAUAGUAAGCGACAGCUAUAUGGGGCUAGAUCAACAAUACGAUCUUCAGUUUGAAAUUAUAGAUCCCCUCCCAGAAGAGACGGUAGACAAAGUAUAUGACACUAUGGAUAAAGUUCUACUUGAAUGAUUUUGUAUAUUACAUUCAAAUAAAUUAUUUAUAUAUGCUUGUUAAA